AUUUCCCAGCGUGCCAGGCGGGCGGGCGGGCAGCCUCGAGGUGGCUGAGGCGAUGGUGUGAGGGAGCGAGCCGGCCUCCCUCUCCGCCCCGGAGCCGCUGCCGCGAUGCUGGAGGAGGCGGGCGAGGAGGUGCUGGGCUCGGUGCUGCUCAAGGCCUCGUGCCUGCCGCUCAGCUUCCUGCUGGUGGUGCCGGCCGUCCUGCUGCUGCUGCUGGGCCCGCCACCCGCCUCGGCCGCCCACGAGUUCACCGUCUACCGCAUGCAGCAGUACGAGCUGGGCGGGCAGCCCUACGGCACUCGGAAUGCUGUGCUAAAUACAGAGGCACGUACGGUGGAAGCGGAUGUGCUGAGUCGGCGCUGCGUGAUGAUGCGGCUAAUGGACUUUUCCUAUGAGCAGUACCAGAAGGCUCUCCGCCAGUCAGCUGGCGCUGUGGUGAUCAUCCUGCCGCAAAGCAUGUCAUCAGUGCCUCAGGAUGUCAUCUGGCAAUUCAUGGAGAGAGAGCCUGAAAUGCUAGCCAUGGAGACCAUCGUGCCAGUCUACUUUGCCGAGGAAGAUGAUGAACUUCUCUCCAUCUAUGAACAAACCCAGGCGGCUUCUGCAUCACAAGGCUCAGCCUCUGCGGCUGAAGUUCUCUUGCACACAGCCACUGCCAAUGGCUUCCAGAUGGUGACAAGUGGGGCCCAGAGCAAAGCCAUCAGUGACUGGCAGAUCAUCAGUGUGGAGGGGCGGCUGACUGGACUGGGAGGAGAGGACCUACCUACUAUCGUGAUAGUGGCUCAUUACGAUUCCUUUGGUGUUGCCCCGUGGCUCUCCCAUGGUGCUGAUUCCAAUGGCAGUGGAGUUGCAGUGCUCUUAGAACUGGCUAGGCUGUUUUCUCGUCUCUACACCUACAAGCGGACCCAUGCCGGGUACAAUCUGCUGUUCUUUGCAUCUGGAGGUGGCAAGUUUAACUACCAAGGGACAAAGAGGUGGCUGGAAGACAACCUGGACCACACAGAUUCCAGUUUGCUGCAGGACAGUGUGGCUUUUGUCCUUUGUUUGGACACUCUGGGCAGAGGGAACAGUCUUCAUCUGCAUGUCUCAAAGCCUCCUAAAGAGGGAACCCUUCAGCAUACCUUUCUGAAGGAACUGGAACUGGUAGUUGUCAGCCAAUUCCCGGAAGUGAAAUUCUCCAUGGUGCACAAAAAGAUCAACCUAGCAGAAGACAUGCUGGCCUGGGAGCAUGAGAGGUUUGCCAUCCGCCGGUUGCCGGCGUUCACAAUCUCUCACCUGGAGAGCCAUCGCGACGGCCCACGCAACAGCAUAAUGGAUGUGAGGUCAGCUGCUGGGGCCCAGGUAGACCCCAAAGUUCUGACCCGCAACACCUGGAUUGUUGUUGAGGCCCUGACAAGGGUGAUCUACAACCUCACAGAAAAGGGGGUUCCUGCUGAUCUCCAGGUCUUCACAGAACAGAUGCAGAUCCAGCAGGAGCAGAUGGAGUCAGUGAUGGACUGGCUCACCAGCCAGCCAAGGGCCGCUCAACUGGUCGACAAGGAGGGCACCUUCAUCAGCACCUUGGAAUACUACAUGAGCCGAUACUUGAAAGAUGUCAAGCAGCACUAUGUGAAGGCUGACAAGCGGGAUCCAGAGUUUGUGUUCUAUGACCAGCUCAAGCAAGUGAUGAAUGCAUACAGGGUCAAGCCUGCCAUUUUUGACCUUCUUCUGGCACUCUGCAUAGCAGCCUACCUCGGUGUGGCCUACAUCGCAGUCCAGCAUUUUGAUCUUCUUUACAAGCUGGUACAGAAGCUGUCUCUCAAAUCCAAGCAGCAGUGACUGGACCUUCCUCCCUUUAAAGCUGAGCUGUUGGAGGGAGUCACUCCCAAACAUCUUCUCCCAUAUCAGAUGCCACAGCUGUCUCCGCUUCCCCUCCACCACCCUGGAAUGGGAGAAGAGGCUCAGAUACAGAACGCUUUUUCACUCUGCAUUCUGCAAGGCUGCAUUUCCUCCCCACCUCUUUUCCAGAGACAUCUGCAGAUUCGUCACUACUCCUCCCAGACUGAUCAGGCAUGGGGAUACUCUUCUCCCCCUUGGCGAUCUUUCUGUGAACAAGACAGUUUCAUAUUUGUGAAGCUGCUGAACUAGAAGCAAGUGAACUGUGCCAUGUGUCCAAACUUUGGGAGCAAAAACCUGGGGGGGGGGGGCAGGUUUUGGGGACCUGCCUGUCACAAGAGAAAGGACUUGGAAGUGGGGGACAUUACGUUGUUUUUUUAAAAGAGCACAUAUAAAUUAAAGGACUGCUAAGAGGUU